GCCCACGGACUUCCGGUGCUCGUCCCGAGAGAUUUCCAGAGCGCUCGCUAGCAAUAUUCCAAAUCUCUCGUGGAGUCGUGGCUGCUUGCCCAUCCCAUCGACUACAACUCAACGACCCGAGAACUUUCCAGAGCACUCGCCACUCGCACAUCGACUACAACUCAACGAUCCAAGCCAAGCGACGCGUGUGUUCUCUUCUUCUCCGAGGCCAUCAUCCUUCGCGCGAAUUAGCCGCUCAGCGACCGGGAUUCAAGGGUUGCGAUCAGAUGAGGGGCGCAGCAAGGCGUCUGGUGCAGAGCGCAACCAAAACCAGGCAAAUCAAUCCUGUCAAUGGACUAGCAAGGAUGCCGGCGAUCACUACUCCUCAGAGGCAUGGGAACGAGAAUACUUCCAGUGAAUCUGUCGUCACGAAAGACGAAAACGUUGAGCCCCUUGUCGCCUUCAGCAGGCCACCUCCUUUGCCGCCUGUUCUGGGUCCGCUCGUCGUGCUCUCGGUUUUCGAGAUGUCGUCCGGUGGCGGCGACGAAGACACCGAAUGAGGCAGCAAAUGGGCACCCAUGGAAAUUAGCUUUUGUGUUGUCUGUUAAGUUUGCUCCGUUCUACCCCUGUGGACAUGAGGUUCGCACGAGGGGGCUGAUCUUCCCUGAGCAGCUCCGAAUUAGGCCUUGUAGAACUACAGACUACAGACUAAGAUGUACUGUUAGCUAUCAACUAGGUGGCGUUUGGAUAAUGUGAUGUGCAAGGUGGGAUAGGGAAGUGGAGGGUGGUAGUACAAAUGAUUUA